UCUUACCUUUAGGGUCCUUGCUAACAGCUAGUGGUCGAGAUCGGCUGAUAUUUGGACUAUGUAAGGGCAAGCCCAAAAUAGAAAAUACUGAAACAGAAUCUCAAGACGCCAUGAUAUACAAAACAAACGGCCUUCAACAGCCAUCCAGCACUAGUUCGUUGCAAACCGUCUCCCAGUGUGGCACUACGAGAAGAUCAAAGAAGUUGUUGAAAGAAAACCAAAGUCAAAUUCGAAUCAUGAAGGGCCUUGCUUUGCUGUUGGUUGUGCUAGCUGUGCUUGUGGUGGACGCGUAUGAAGAUGACCCAUACGAAGAUAAAAUGAUGGCUGAGGACCAAGAACUAGAGACUCGUGCAUGCAAAGCAUGGCAUUCAGAGUGUAACAGCGCGAGCGAGUGCUGUAAGAAAAAGCCAGGCGCCCCUCAAGGACAACAGUACGAAAUGAAAUGUUUAAAACCCUGCACACCCGAGAAAUGUUCUGCAAAGGGACAAUGCUUGCCGACUAGAAGAAGCUGAACGUUUUAAAUCUUCCAAUUAAGUAAUAAUGUAAAGUAAACUAGAACUUCACACGCUUUAGUAACUAAUGUAGUAUAGUUUGUCGUGUAAAUGUCUUCAACUCAGUUUUUUCUCGCUCAAGUCAGUGUCAUAAUAAAUAUGUCAGUGCAAGUUCCA